ACAUACAAAAGUUCUUUCAACGGUUUCUGUCAGACAUUAGUGUAGAAGUGUAGCUCCUGACACGAGUGACUGUUCUGUGAUAUUAAUCUAUUUUCCUAAUAAUUGUUUAUUAACUGCCGAAUCAAGCUAGUUCAUUGUUCUUACGUACAAAUCGAAUAAUGGGUUUCAAGUCGAUAAUUGUGUCUCCUGUGAUUCGUCCUGACCAGGACUAUCAUCGACGAGAGCUUUGGAGUUUGAAACAACAAAUACGCAGCCAAUUCAAGAAAUACGGAACUACCUCAUGCACCUACUUGUUGCGCAAUUCUGAGUCAUCAUUCCACGGAUAUCGCGAUAAUUAUGCGAUAGUCGAUUUCAAGAAGAGAGAAUGCGCUGCAAAAGCUCUAACAGCCGUUGAAAAUGGAGAAAUCAGUAUUAAUAGAUUAACGAUAACAGCAACGUCAAUAGAACUGACUUAUUGUCCAAUAAACACAUUGCCAGAUUGCUGUCUGCUGGCGAUAUUCAAGAAUUUGUCCACCUACGAGCGACUAAAAUUGUCGUCAGUCUGUAAACGUUGGAGUGAGGUAUCUCGAUUUCUCUGGAGAACAACAACGAAGAUAGAUCUGCGUAACAAUUCCCGCGUGAAUCAGAACAAAAAGUACAUUAUGAACAGUGGUUCACACCUGAGGGAUAUUUACUGCUACGACAAUCAUGGAUUGAAAAUAAUCGGAGAUAACUGCAAAAAUCUCGAGAAUGUUGCCAUCGAGUUUCGUAAGUACACGACGAGAAACGGAUUGGACUAUCCUUGCAUCAAGUACCACUCUCAGACGUUAGAAAAUUUUUCCAAUCUGACUCGACUGAUGCUGAAGAUCAGAACUUCCCAGUACGCGUUUUUUUCUUUUCUUCAAAAUCUUCCAUCGACGAUGAUCGAGAUUCACCUCUUGAACGGUUUUCCAGACGUUGAUGUUUUCUCUCUCCAGUGGAGUGAUAGAGAUCCCGCGUUGAAAAAUUUUAGUAAUUUGAGGGAAAUAUACGGGAGGAAGAGCUUGGACUUUACACGAUUUACUAAUUUACGAGCUUUGACCCUCAAACGCUACCAUUUCACCGAGGAUUCCCUCAUUGGCUUGGAGACACUGGAAAAACUGACCUGCUUAUGUUUGGACAAUUCCAAACUGUCCCAGAUCCACUCGGAACAACUGAAACUGUUAAGGAAUUUGGAACGAUUGUCUCUGAGGCGUGUUACGAUGAAAUACGAGGAUAUUGCGGUUAUCCUCAUGAAUAAUCCGAUGCUGAAGUACUUGGCUUUGCCCAAAAUGGCAAAUGAAAUGCUCAACGAACGUGCAUGGCAAUCAGCCCUAGAGUUACGACACCUGAAGGUCCUUAGUUGGGUGGACAUUGAAAACAAAAUCAGGGAAACCGGUAGCUCCACCACUGUAGAAUAUGUUGAGCUUCAUAAUGUCACCUUGUCAGACAGGCGAACUACUCAGCUACUGGACAAUUUUCCUAUGUUGAAAUGUCUGAAGAAAACGGGAACCUAUUACUCAAACUACAGCACAUCAACCAUUGCUUUUUUCAUUGAACGUAGAGUUGAUAAAUCUCCAUUCAAGUACUACCACGAUCCCGUACGAAUGACUCUGAACCCUUUCGGCUCUGAAAAUUUCACACCCAGCGAGGUAGUGAGUGCUGAGGACGGUAGACUAUUCAGAUGCAAUGAGUGGGAUGGCUGGUAUAUCGAGGACUCACCGGACAUCCGUGCUCUCCGGAAACCCCUGGAUGAAGCACCAAUGGAGCCCAUGACAACGAUCUCGUUGAUGCUGGAAAAAUUACCUGACAAUUGUCUCAAGAGAAUUUUCUAUCAUCUCCCACUGGACGAUAAAUUAACUGCAGCGGAUGUUUGCAGAAGGUGGAAGAAGCUUUUGGGAGAAAAUAUUGAGAAAUGCAGGAAGUUAGAUGUGCGAGAGCUCUCGUCUCAUGAGAAUAUGAAGAAAUGCAUAGCUCAGUAUGGAAAGUACCUCCACGAUAUUUACAUCUACAAAAGCUGUGACUUAUCGACGAUAAAGACUCACUGCCCCAAUGUAACUGACCUGAAAGUGGACUUCACAAUGAAGGAGUGCAAGUGCAAGAGACGGUGGCGUAAGGAGGGCUACAAUUUCUUCCGUUUGGAACCGAUGUUGAUGGAGUUCAAGAAUCUACGUCGAGUCAUGCUGAAGGACGCUCCUAUUUUCCAAACAAACCUCCUUCAAUAUUUGCCACAGUGCAUGGAAGAAAUUCAUGUGUUCAACAGAUGUCCAAUGUGGUUUGUAAAAAAAAUGCAGGCCAUAGCUAUCAGUCCACAUGCUACCCUAGAUGUAUCAAGAUAUCCAAAGCUGCGAGCUCUCACUUUGGUUCAUACUGAGCGAACUGAGCGAGAGUCUUCCUCGCCCUCUAUUAAAAUCUUUGGUGUCGAAAAGUUAACGGAGUUGAUCUACCUCAAGGUGAGUGGUGUGAUCAUUUCUGAAGACUCUAUUGAUCAGCUAAAAAGUAUUAGAAAUUUGGAAUAUUUGUCGGUGCGUCUACCAGCGGUUCCGGCCCUUAAUGUUAGGUCUGUAAUCGAGGCUAAUGUAGACCUUCAAUACUUGGAGAUCACUGGUGAAAUAGAAAAUAUUCCCCUCGAGGUAUUCCAACAGGUUUUCACUCUACAACGACUGAAGGUCUUACGAUUGGUUGAUGAUAAUAUUCAUGAUGCCGCUGAGAUCGUUCGAGGAGUUCCCCUGGACCCCUCGUUCCUCAUUCAUAUGCCACAAUUAGAAUAUCUCGAUUGUGAAGGAUUCAGUACACUCUCCGAAGAGUUUUUCCUUCAAUUGAUUGGAACUUCGCCGAAAUUAAGGAUGUUAAAUGUCCCUGUAACGAAUGUAAAUUUCGUUGAGGAGCUAGUUGCUGUUGCUGAAAGUAAUCUGAUUGCUCGCGGGAGAAGAAAUGGGAAAAUAAAAGCUUUUGUGGGUGCGAGGGGAUUCAAAUUCUGCAAGAAUUUUAGAGUGCACGCAGACGGUGUCGUUAUCGACAAGGCUCUACCUAUACGAUAUCGCAGAGCAGUGCAGACAGACCACUGGGAGAUGUGGAGCACUUAUAAUGGUCGCAGCAAUAUUCCGGGAUUGUUGACACAGCUGGAGGACAUUUUUUCCUUGAAGGGAAUAGAAUAAAUAAUACGAGAAUGGGGUAUUUGGUCCUGACGCACCAUCCCGAUAUUUUCAUAUUCAAAGGGUACACUGAGACUGAAGUCGAGUCAUUACUAGGCAAUAUAGUAUAGUAUGUACAUAUUCUUAUAUGUACAUGUGAAGAGAUUUGAAUAAAUAUUUUUUAAACAAGAUCAAAA